AUGUGGAGAUCUAUAUCGAAUUCCAUUUCAAGCUUUGGACAAAAGAAAAGCACUGUUGAAUUAGGUAGAGCUUGUCAUGAUUCCUCAGACGAUGAGACCUCUUCAAAUGCCAGCACAGAGGAAGGACUGGAAUGCCCCAUAUGCUGGGAAUCAUUUAACAUUGUUGAGAAUGUGCCCCAUGUCUUAUGGUGUGGCCACACACUAUGCAAAAACUGUGUCCUAGGGCUUCAAUGGGCUGCCUUGAAGUUUUACGCUCAACAGAUCCAGAUUCCGUUAUUCAUUUCCUGUCCUUGGUGCAAUUUGUUGACAUUUCGAUUGGUUUACAGGGGUAAUCUUAGGUUUCCUAACAAGAAUUUCUUCCUUCUAUGGAUGGUUGAGAGUAGGAACGGCGACAGGGUAAAUUCUGCUUCCAUAAUUUCUGGAGAUCAUCAUCAGGUGUGGUUUACAAGGUGCUCUUCUGUUGUCGGGAAUUACUGUUUCAACAAUUUCCACAGAAGCACUCAUCGUCUUGGACAAUCGGGGUACAGCAAUGAUAGUCAUGACCAUAACAAUGGUAAUCUCACUUUGGAAAGGCCCCAUCUUUCCCUUCACAAAUCCAUUGAUCUCUUCAUUCACAUGACAGCCAAGUUUCCAUUGGUUAUCCUACUUCUGAUCGUCAUAUUUGCACUACCUGCCAGUGCCACCAUCCUAAUGCUGUAUUUAGUAAUCACGGUUCUCUUUGCACUGCCUGCUUUCUUGGUGUUAUAUUUUGCAUAUCCUGCUUUGGAUUGGCUGGGAAGAGAGAUUCGAACUUGA